UAUACCGCUGAUGCAUGGUGACAGAUAACUCCCUCAAAAUAAAAUAUAUUGGGGAAAAAAGGUUAUUGGCAUGAUUUUUCACUUGUUUAAAAGUAAAAACCAACAUUUUAAAAAUGAUUACUUUGUGAUUUAAUAAUUCGUGCAUGAAAGGGUUAAGAGAGGAAGUGAACAAAGGAUCACAAGUGUCACACUCCACCAAAUAUAGCAGCAAGGAAGCUAUUUAGUGCACCAGUCUUCUUCUGAUGAACUUGGGCACUGUUUGAGGCCUCAACAUAAAGUGCUGAACUUUGAUGCAGAGAUGGUUUUCUGUAGCUGUUUGUUGUCACUCUUUUUCUGGCUCACAGUUUCACCUGCUAAUGCUGACAAAUGGAGCAUUGAAGUGCCUACAUCAGUGGUGGGUUUGUCUGGCACUUGUGUGGUGAUUCCUUGUAAGUUCAGCUACCCAGCAAAAGGAAAGACAUACACAAGUUUUACAGGAGUGUGGUACACAGGGAAUUAUGAGUCAACAGUAUACCAUACAGAUACCUCAAAAAUCAGUGAAGUAUUCAAAGGUCGUACUAGCCUCACUGGUGAUUUGCAUCAAAACACAUGUUCUUUGAAAAUCAGCUCUCUGCGUAGCAGUGACACUGGGCCAUUCAUGUUCCGGAUUGAGAUUGGAAAUUUGGACAAGUACACCUAUACGGAGAAUAAAGUUUCCAUAACAGUGAAAGAGUCCCCAGAACAACCUACUGUCUCUGUGAAAGAUGAAGUGACAUCAGGGAAUUUGGUGGUUGCUACCUGCACUGUGUUACAUUCCUGUCCGUCAGACCUGCCUCGUGUCACCUGGAACCACAAUGGCAAGCACUCCAAUCCGUCACAGCCGCAAAAUCACGGUCAAUGGAAGCUUACAUCUUAUAACCUUACCUUCACUCCUUCUAGAGAAGACCAUGAUAAAGAAACUCAGCUGUUCUGCAGAGUUUAUAGGGAAGACAGUGACUGGCUUCAAAAGGCUUAAAGUUAAAUAUCCUCCAUAUGAUGUAAGUGUGGAGACUAAACCCUCAGUGAAGGAGAAUGACUCUGUAGAACUGACCUGCUCCAGUAAAAGCAACCCUCCUGCAAACAGCUACCAGUGGUUCAGCUUAAAUGCGACGCUGCUAGGAGAGAGACCCACUUAUAAACUGGAGAGAGUGUCUCGGCAUACUGAGGCAAUUUCCUGUACAGCCAUUAACACAUUGGGAAGAAACAGUUCUAGUCCACGGAAAAUUAACGUGCUAUAUCCUCCAUAUGAUGUAAGUGUGGAGACUAAACCCUCCGUGAAGGAGAAUGACUCUGUAGAACUGACCUGCUCCAGUAACAGCAACCCUCCUGCAAACAGCUACCAGUGGUUCAGCUUAAAUGGGACGUUGCUAGGAAAGAAACCCACUUAUAAACUGGUGAAAGUGUCUCGCCAUACUGAGGCCAUUUCCUGUACAGCCAUCAACUCAUUGGGAAGAAACCAUUCUAGUCCACAGAAACUUAAUAUAUUGUAUCCUCCUGAGAUUAAAAAUGAAUCGUCUUGCCAGUUUGCAAGUUUUACAGUCUGUGUCUGUAUUGUGGACUCCAACCCUCCCAGUGAAGUCAAAUGGUUUGGUCCAGAUUCCUCAAGAACCUUACCCAGCUCCAGCAUUAAACAAGAUGAGUCUCUUACCAUAUUUACAGUACAGAAUUGGCUGGGUUUACCUGAUACUGUCCAGUGCUUUGCCAGUAACAGUUUGGGAAACUCUUCUAUAACUUUGGUAGCUCCUCAAAAUGGCAUAAUAAUAUACACAGCUGUUGCAGCAGCUAUUGUGGUUGUUUCAGUUGGCGUUUUAGUGUAUGCUUUGAGAAGACACUGUGGGAACAGAGCUACACAACAGCCUGUAAGGAAGAAUGAACAGAAUGAAAUGAAGACAACCCCAAAGAAGUCUGAUUAUAAAAAUAAAGAAGAGAAAGGCAGCGAUGAAGAUACUUACACAAACUGCCCGGAAGGUCGUGUUUAUGACAACUGGGGGUAAGUACAACUUUGCAUCAGUGAGAAAACAUUUCAGUGUUUCACAACUAUUAAUGACACAGAAGUCUGAUUCUGAGAAGUGCAUCAGUUCACUUGAUAUAUAUAGGGGUGUUGUUGAUUUUGUGACUCUGUGUUUGCACAUCAGCUAGCUGUUAGAACUGACAACAACACAUUCCUGCAUGCAACAGCCAUGACUUUAAACAACACUGCAUGUGCCUAAACAUUUAUAAUUAAAAGUGAUUAUUUAGUGAAUGUAAUCUAUUUUAUUUAUGAUCUCUGUAAAAUAUUUUGCUUUUUUUUAAUUAGUGUGAUGUGAGACCAUUGCCAUCUGACUGCGCCUUGGAAGAUGACUCAGUCUAUGCUAACGUUUAACAAAAAGGACACGUGUUGCCCUAGCAGAAAUGACAGAGGCUGAGAAAGACCAAAAAAGGCAAAAUAAUAAUGUUGACUGAUGAUUAUGCGUGGAAAUGUUAAAUGCCAAAAUGUCUUGCAACUGAGAAAAAACUGAGAAAGCUUUUAAUAUGUAAAGAAUGUACUGUAUGUAUUGUAAGCCAAAAUGUUUUAUAUGCAUAAUAUAUAGUGUAAGUUUAGUUUAGUUCAGAAAAAAAGUACAAGAAUUACAGUAGUAAUUUUUUGUAAAUAUGAGUUUGAUAAAAAAAAAAAAAUCAUACAGUAAUAACUGAAGAACAAGUUAAUAUUGCAUUAAUAUAUUCAUAUUCUGUAGUAUUGGUUGGCUUGGGUGUGAAAUAAAUAAAUAAAUAAAUAAAUAAAACACAAAGUUAAACCAAUUCCUCAUUCUAUGCAAUCAAGCAGCAUUUGACUUUAAAGAUUUCCUGUUAUGUUCAAUUCUAUGUAAUGCAAUGCUUUCAUUCAUUUUCUUUUCUAAGCAAAAUAAGGCGUUUUCAAGUGUAUACUGGACACUAGUGUGCUUGUGAAAUGCAGUUGGCAUGCAUCACAUUCCUCAAUUCUACAACAGCUGGCACAGACUAUGUAUGUAGUUCCCAAUGAUCACUUCUGUUUACUAAAAAAUGAGUUUCAUUUCCUUUUCUUCUUUUUUUAUAUAACGAAAUAACUGAAAGAUUAAUAAAUCUUUUCCAUUAAACACUAA